AUCCGUGUAGCCUGCGCAGGCGCAGCUUAUGGGAUUACAUAAUGCCUGGACCACGGAUUCGAAAGGAUGCUGCUCGAAGCAGACAGCGGGCAGGAAAGCCGAAACAGAACCACAACUGCACUUGUUGCUGACAGAGCGCGGCGCCUUCAAAAUGUGGCAUAUUGAGCAUAUGGAAAUCAAUUGUUGCGUGAACAUUACCUGAACUUUAACCAGAAAGAUCCAGAAACAUAUGAACCAAACUAUGUGAGCGUGUAAAUCAAUUUUUGUGGCAGUUGUCUGAGCAAGAGAGUCUUCAAAAGGAGUUUGAAAGUUUCGAACUUUCUUCGGUUUCUUCCUUGUUCUUUAUAAUUUUUUUUUGUGAUUUUUCGAAAAUAUUCGUGCGGUUUGAAGUGGAUUAUCCGACAGAUACGAAAAUGGACGACGAAAGCGAUGACAAGGACGAUACGAAAAGAAAAUCCCGCAAUCUGAGCGAGAAGAAGCGGCGGGAUCAGUUCAACUCAUUGGUCAACGAUCUGAGUGCCCUUAUAUCGACCUCUAGCAGAAAAAUGGACAAAUCAACGGUCCUCAAGUCCACAAUUGCCUUCCUAAAGAACCACAAUGAGGCCACGGACCGCUCCAAGGUUUUUGAGAUACAACAAGACUGGAAGCCGGCGUUUCUGAGCAACGAUGAAUUCACACAUUUGAUGCUCGAGUCCUUGGAUGGUUUCAUGAUGGUCUUUAGUAGCAUGGGCUCCAUUUUCUAUGCCUCGGAAAGUAUUACCUCUCAGCUGGGAUAUCUGCCGCACGAUCUGUACAAUAUGACCAUCUACGAUCUGGCUUACGAGAUGGACCACGAGGCGCUGUUGAAUAUCUUCAUGAAUCCCACACCUGUGAUCGAGCCGCGGCAGACGGACAUCAGUUCCAGCAAUCAGAUCACAUUUUACACGCACCUGCGGCGCGGGGGGAUGGAGAAGGUGGAUGCCAAUGCCUACGAGCUGGUCAAAUUUGUGGGUUACUUUCGUAAUGAUGCAAACAUGUGCGGCUCCAGUUUUGAUGGCUCCAACGGCGCAGGUGGGAACGGACUGCCCGCAGUCCUGCCGCGCAUCUUCCAGCAGAACCCCAAUGCCGAGGUGGACAAGAAGCUGGUUUUCGUGGGCACCGGGCGUGUCCAGAACCCCCAAUUGAUCCGCGAAAUGAGCAUUAUUGAUCCCACAAGCAAUGAAUUUACCUCGAAGCACAGCAUGGAGUGGAAGUUCCUGUUCCUCGAUCACCGGGCGCCGCCGAUCAUUGGCUACAUGCCGUUCGAGGUGCUGGGCACCUCCGGUUACGAUUAUUACCACUUUGAUGAUCUGGAUAGCAUUGUAGCGUGCCAUGAAGAGCUGCGACAGACGGGAGAGGGAAAAUCCUGCUACUAUCGAUUCCUGACCAAGGGACAGCAGUGGAUCUGGCUGCAGACGGACUACUAUGUAAGCUUUCACCAGUUCAACUCCAAGCCGGACUACGUGGUCUGCACCCACAAGGUGGUCAGCUACGCGGAGGUCCUCAAGGACAGCCAGAAGGAGCGUACCAAGUCCAGCAGUGGCAGCAGUCAGAACAAUGGGAACAGCAAGACCGUGACCUCCACGGCAAAUAGCAGCAAAUCCGCAUCCGCCACCACAACACUCAGGGACUUUGAGCUGGGCAACCAGAACUUGGACAGUGCGUUGCUGGGCAACAGUCUGGCCAAUCUGGGCAACGAGCCGACAGCCACCUCACCCACCGUGGACUCGUCGCCCAUGUGGUCAGCAUCGGCGGCUCAGGCUUCUGGAUCCUGUCAAGUGAAUCCCCUGAAAACAUCACGACCUGCCUCAAGCUAUGGCAAUAUCAGUUCCACAGGGAUCUCGCCCAAGCCUAAGCGGAAGUGUUACUUCAACACCAACCGGGGAAAUGAGUCGGAUUCCACUUCCAUUUCAGCGGAUUCUGUGACCAGCAGGCAGUCCAUGAUGACGCAUGUCAGUUCGCAAAGUCAACGACAGCGAUCGCAUCACCGUGAGCACCAUCACAGUCAGUCGCAUCAUAAUCACCAGCAGCAGAGCCAACAGCAGCAACAACAUCAACAUCAACAGCAGCUCCAGCACCAACAACUGCAUCAGCAAUUGCAGCAGAGCGUGGGUCCGCCCAAGAUGGUGCCCAUUCUGCCAAUUGCUCCCGCCCAACUGAUGGCCAACAAUGCGUGCCAGUUUCCUCAACCCGCCUACCCGCUUGCUAGCCCCCAGUUGGUGGCACCCACAUUUCUGGAGCCACCGCAAUAUCUCACCGCCAUACCCAUGCAACCGGUGAUUGCGCCAUUUCCGGUGGCACCUGUCCUAUCGCCACUUCCAGUGCAGGCACAGCAGGACCUGCUGCCCGACACUGUGGUGAUGACGCCCACACAGAGCCAGCUGCAGGAUCAGCUGCAGCGCAAGCAUGACGAACUGCAAAAGCUGAUACUGCAGCAGCAGAAUGAGCUGAGGAUUGUGUCCGAGCAGCUGCUCCUGGCACGCUACACAUACCUGCAACCAAUGAUGCCCAUGGGAUUUGCAGCCACGAACAUGGCGGCCACGGCCAUGGGAAAUAUGGGAUCAGGAAGUGGGCAACGUGGCCUGAACUUCUCUGGAAGCAAUGCAGUGCAGCCGCAGUUUAAUCAGUAUGGAUUCGCCCUCAACUCAGAGCAGAUGCUGAACCAACAGGAUCAGCAGAUGAUGAUGCAGCAACAGCAGAAUCUGCACACGCAACAUCAACACAAUCUGCAACAACAGCAUCAGAGCCAAACCCAACUGCAGCAACAUCAUCAGCAACAGCAACAGCAGCACCAACAGCAACAACAGCAGCAGCAGCAGCAGCAACAACAACAGCAGCAGCAAAUGUUACAGCAGCAGAAUGAUAUCUUGUCGCGAGAGGACAUCGAUGAUAUAUUUCUCAAUUUGUCACCCCUGCAAUCUCUGGAUUCUCAGUCUACACUCAAUCAGCUUAAUGCUGGCUGUAACAAUAACAGCCAGAACUACAAUGGUGGCAACAGCAGUCAGAAUAAUGGCAACCAGAACAACAACAAUGGCAGUUCGAAUCCCCCGCAGAAUAACAACGAGGACUCCCUGUUAUCCUACAUGCAAAUGGCCACCGAAUCGAGUCCCUCUCUCAACUUUCACAUGGGCAUCAGUGACGAUGGCUCGGAGACGCAGAGUGAAGACAACAAAAUGAUGCAUAGCUCGAGCAGCAAUCAGCUGCAACAGCAACAUCAACAGCAGCAGCAACAACAGCACCAGCAGCAAAUGAUGCACCAGCACCAGCAACAACAACAGCAGCAGCAACAACAGCAAUCAAACAACUUCUUCAGUUCGAAUCCCUUUCUCAGCAACAGUCAGAGUCAGAAUCAAAAUCAGUUGCCCAACGAUCUGGAAAUAUUACCCUAUCAGAUGUCCCAAGAGCAAUCACAGAAUCUAUUCAACUCGCCGCACACCGCCCCCGGCAGUAGUCAAUAGCCCGUGCAGGUCCUUAAUGUAUAUAACUCUCUUUAGCUAUAGCCCCGCGUAUUAUGCUAGAUUUUAGACAAGUUUUGGCCUCUGGCUCUCUUUAUCAUCGACCCUUCUCCGUAUUGGUGACCGAGAACUAGUUGUAGAUCUCAACAGACUGAGUAUUGUCCUAGCCCCCAGAUUUGUGUGUGUGUGUGUUGAAUGUAUAUAAACCGAUUAGCUAUAGUAAAGUUCUCAAAAUAAUUCGUUGUAAGUAGGGAUUAAAUUGUUUCUAAGAUUGAGUCUAGCCUGUAGCAAGAGCCCAUCGUUUCCGUAGGUUAGCAUUAUCCAGUAAGUGCCAUCGAGGCACAAACAGGGAUCUCUGAUACAUAAUCGAACCUUAAAGUCUAUUCUAAGUUAUUUUAAUAAACAAAAAUACCGCAAAGCAACUAAAAAACAAAAUAGUUAAGUAAAGCUAAUCCAAUUCCAUAUUAUUUUCAAGACUGGGCUUCGCCACUGAGGUCAAACACGAUAUUUAUCAUGCGAUUUAUUGUUUAUUCUUGUACAUAACUAAGAUAUAUGUUAUAUAUAUGUUUAAUUCAAAACUCAGGUUGAGAUUGCAACUGACAUUUAUUUUGCUGUGAGCAUAUUCGCAUAAGUUCUCUUAAGGCCCGAGAUCUUUUCCAACAGCCAAAAUACCUUAGUUCAAUCGUUGACCCACUUUUCCCGUAUUAAUAUUUUGCUGUUGGAAGAGCUCGUUCGAAUAUGUUUCGAUUUUCAGCUGAUAAAGAGCCAAAUGCUUUAAACUUAGCAAAACUGUAAAUGAAAACCAACUAUCUUACACUCAACUACAACUACCUUAAAAACUCUAGUUAACUCAGUGUUUAAGCUCUGUACAUACCUAUAGGACAAGUUGCGAGAACUUGCUUAAGCAUGUAAAUAAAUACGAGACGAUAGUUUAGAACAUUUUUGUACAUAACUUGAUGUUUUUAUGUUUUGCAAAACAAAUUUCCCCAAAAAACAACAUACUGAAAAAGCUAAUCAAAUCAA